CAGAAUUACAGCGCGUGGGCAGAAGCACAGAUUCACAGAAUUGUUGGAGUUGGAAGGGACCUCUAAAAGCCAUCCAGUCCAAUUCCCCUGCAAUGAACAGGGACAGCUACAGCUCCAUCAGGUGCUCAGAGCCCCAAGCCCAGCCUGUAAUAUUGGGGUCCUGCUUUUCCUAAGGAGCUUCUACAUCUCUACAGAAGGUCAGCAAGCAUCUCGCACGGUUUUUGUGUCUUUUAGUUUAGAGCUUCUGGUUUGGAGAGACUCAGCUUUAUGUGCUGCUGGGCAGGGCCAAGGUUUGGAGACCCUUAUGGGGCAUUUCCAACUCAGGAUAUUCCGACUUAUGAUUCUAUUUGUUUUGCUUUCUUGCUGUUCUCCUCGGAUGAAAAAGGAGGUGAACCCCCUGCAUCUUCUCAAGACGAAAAAGAAAUUGUUUGGCAAAGCUUCCUGUCCUCAAUAGCUGUUUGCUUGUAGGAGAAGUUUGAAAGGAAAUUUUCCUGCAAUUGCAGUAAUUGUUGAGUGAGUUUUAUUCAAGUAUCAAUGCAAUCUUCUGGGGUUAAAUUGAGAUAGCUUCGGGGGCAUUUUAAGAAGCAGCAGUAUGAAAUGAGAAACAGAGCUCAUAUACAGACGAAAUUCAUGCAGCUUCUUGUGAAGACAGCCUGCAUUGAUUAUGGGGGCAAACAGGUGAGGCACAGAGAAAAAUUAAAGGCCUGAAGCCUGCCAGACUGCAGGGGAGAGACUGAAAUGAAGGGACAGGCAGCAUGCAGAAACAAGGGGCUUUUGUAAGAAGAGGGAGACACAGGGCUGAGAGAAGGGUGUGGGGUGUGAACCCACUGCUCAGAGCCUGAGUUAGAUUAUCCCAGUGUAACUUUUAACCCAAUCCCUCAAUAAGUGCACAAUAUCAGCGUAAGGUAUCCCAAGAAGGGGUGCUCAAUAGCAAGGCACACUCCUAAUUUAUGUUUCUCUGUCAGCAGCUCUCCCCAGCAUGUCCUUAAAGAACAUUUCUGCAUCUUCAAGGAGAUGCAUGCAAACAAAUCUCCUUGUCCACAUGCAAGCACGCCUCUUGCAUCAGGUUUCUUCUUAAAGAUUUCCACUCUCUGAUCACAGCUGACAGUCCAAGGCAAUGGCAGGUACACUGGGCUAUUAUGUUUAAUUCAGCCUAUUUUGAAGCCAAACCACGCUCACCCAACUGCCACUGGUAGCGAAUUCAUGCUGGUGGACCUGGGAUCACUGCUGACACAUUCUGAUGGAGCCGAUUUCCUUGCAGGACAUGGCGCAGACAGUGGUGCCAGGCAGCUCCCCGGGGGAUAACCGUCCCACCUACAUCUACAAGAUGGUCCUGCUGGGAAACACAUCAGUGGGAAAGUCAAGCCUUGCCUACAGAUAUGUGAAAAAUGACUUCAAGGAGUCGCUGCCUACUGUAGGAUGCUCCUUCUUCACACAGACAAUCCAACUAGAGACAGCCACCAUCAAGCUGGAGAUCUGGGACACGGCUGGCCAAGAGAAGUACCACAGUGUCUGCCACCUCUACUACCGUGGUGCCCACGCUGCACUCCUUGUUUAUGACCUCACUAAUAAGGAAACAUUCAACAGAGCGAAGCAGUGGCUGGUGGAACUGGAGAAGGAGUUCCUUCCUGAUGAAAUUGUCAUUGCUUUGGUGGGCAACAAGACAGACCUGGCUGAUGAACGGGAGAUUGCAGCUGAGGAUGGGGAAGAGUUUGCAAGGAGCAGAAGCCUGCUCUUCAUGGAGACGUCUGCAAAAUCCAACCACCAAGUAAACGACAUCUUUAUGGCAGUAGCCCGAGAGCUCCUGCGGCGUGAAGGUGAGAAGGCAGCUGUCCCAUCCACGAGUGGCAGGCAGCGUUUGGACCUGCGGGCAAGCGGGACGAGGAGGGGGUGCUGCCAUGUCUGAGGGGCCACGGGCUCCUCACAGGACGUGGGGCUGGACCUUGUGCUGUUGGCAUCGGUGGCCGAGGGGUGACAACACAGGAUAGCUCACAGCCAAUGUGGAGCAAUGAUCCUUCUGCCCAUCUUCUGCCAGUGAAUGCAUGCAGACCCUCAACAGGAUCUCGUGAUGGUGUUCUCCAGAAGUGAGUGGGGAAGUCCACUGUCAAGAAGCAGCCCGGCUGGGGACAUCCCCCUGCCCCAGCCGUGCACCAGCUUCCCCAGACUCAAGAGAGUUUGGCUUGUGGAGCCCAUCCCAACAACUUCAAGACUUGACUGCCAAUAAAAAGCAGCUCAUCUUA